AUGAAAUCGAUGGAAAUUGUGGUCAUCACGCUGUUGCUUCUAGUGAGCAGUGCCUAUUCAGAAAAUUCCAAUAAACGAACUAAUAACGACGCCAAAAAUUCGACGUUUUAUUACACUGCCACUAGAAAAGACACGUGCGUUAAAGUCCACUACGCAGACGAGCAUUUUUACAAAGUGUACUGUUUCGAAAAUCUAAAAGACCACAAUGGUUCCCUCGGCUUCAUUACGUCCAAAAACGAUACGAUAUUAUACACAGGGUACGGCAACCAAUCUGAAUGUUUCGAUAUCUACGAAUCGAAAUCCAAAAGCAGGAUUUCCAAAUGCCUGAAUUUAACGACGGAAGUUUGCAACGACGCCACCGCCGGGGAACAGCGUCGAGACGCCUCCAAAUUGAACGAAAUACCUUGCACGGUAAACAACACCGAUCAUUACCUGGGCUUUCAAUCCAAAAAAUUGAACGUUGUUUUCAGAUGUGUUGUGUACUCAAUAAAAGUUCCAACGACGAUGAAAAACGAGACCGUCCCUGUAAAGUACUGUUUCAACAGGAAGGUGCCCAUAGCCGUUAAUAAGGACGAGAAAUUCUGGAAUAAGGGUCUGCAAUUCCUGGAUAGGAUGAUUAAAUUGAAAACUUUGGAUAUUAUUAACAGUACGACAACUACACUUAGCCAGAAAGAAAACGAAUAA